GUCAAGCUGACUAUCCUAGCUUAGCACACUAGCGUAGCGCUCUUGAAUGAGCUCUGCUAGUUGUCCGACGUGCCUGUCUUCGCCUAGCCGAGCUUUUCAUCCACAACCUUAAAGAUCGGAAUCCUAUGACAUUGCGCCCCCGAUCAUCUCUGAGACCCUGUACGAUAACUUUGAGAAGAUGGCCAAGAAACAGAACAAGGAACAGAUGCCUCCGGCGACCGCAGAGUCCCAGAACAAGAAGCCUCCCAUGGGCAAGCCCAGCAAGAAGGCCAGUCCGCUGAACAGCCCCCAGCCGACCUCUGCCCACAAGAACCUGGAGGCCGCCUUCAAAACGCUGGAUGUCUCGGAGCUGAAACAGCAGCUGGGUCGCAGCCAGGCUCUCUUCCCAGAAAGCCCCUCGGUGUGGGUCAAGGACCUGGCCGGAUACCUCAACCACAAGCUGAAUGUGCCCGAGAGCGAGCCCACCCUCAGCAACUAUGCCCAUGACUACCCCUACUGCCUCGCUGGAAAGGAGCUGAAGAGUGUGAUGAAGGGGCUCAUCGGCCGCUGCAGCGACGACCUGCCAGACUUCUUUGACCACUGUGUUUCCACCAUGCUCAGGGAGCUAGACAGACAACCAGAUGAGCCUUUGCAUGGGUACAGAGUCUGCAUCCAGGCAAUCCUACAGGACAAGCCAAGAAUAGCCACCCAAAGCCUGCCAGAGUACCUGGAGCUGCUCCGGUCGGUACAGAACCGCCCGGCCAAGUGUCUGACCAUCAUGUGGGCUCUGGGCCAGGCGGGCUUCUAUGACCUCAGCCAGGGAUUGCGAGUGUGGCUGGGCAUUAUGCUCCCUGUGCUCGGAGUCAAGUCGCUCUCCUCCUACGCCCUCGCCUAUCUGCAGAGACUCCUCAUGCUUCAUGCAAACCUCACCAAGGGAUUUGGGAUCAUGGGCCCUAAAGAGUUCUUCCCUUUGCUGGACUUCGCCUUCAUGCCCAAGAACGCCUUGUCAUCGAGCCUGCAGGAGCAGCUGCGGCGCCUGUACCCACGCCUCAAGGUGCUGGCCUUCGGCGCCAAGCCAGAGAGCACGCUGCACACGUACCUGCCCUCCUUCCUGUCCAGGGCCACGCCCCACUGCCCCGACGACAUGAAGAGAGAGCUGCUGAGCAGUAUGACGGAGUGCUUGUGCGUGGAUGUGCAGUCUCUAGGCGUGUGGAGGCAGCUGUACACCAAACACCUACCCCAGUCCAGCCUUCUCUUAAACCAUUUGCUGAGGUCUUGGAAGGCUUUGCCACCAAAGCUUCAGAGGAACCUCCAGGAGACCAUCCAGUCGUUCCGGGUGACCAACGAUGAGAUGAGGGACACCAUCGAAUCCCAGGAGCUCCAGGAGUGCAACGCACUGUGUCAAAACCUGCAGGUGAAGAUGCGUAGUGGUGGGUUCCCCUGGUCCAGGCUGCUCAUGGUGCUGUUGGUGUUCGUCGCUGGCUUCAUGGCUCAGGACAUCCGGUCCCACGGAUCCUUCACAGACUCCACGACGGCGCGGUAUUUACACAGCUCUGGGGUGGCUGGUGUGUCGCAGCAGGCAUGGGGCAAGGUGACCGUCUAUACCAAACAGGGCUUCAGCUGGCUGGAGACGAACAUGCCCUUCUACUACUCUGAGAGCGUGCGUGUGCUGGGACCCCUGAUGGAGCAGGGCCUGGAGAAGGCCAAGGCCGCGGCGGUCCUCAUCGCCGAGAACACCAACCGCCUCGUCCUGUGGGUCGGGGAGAAGGCGCCCCUGCUGCUGGACUGGGUGAUCACCAACACACCAGACAGCGUGUUCCAGGCUCUGGCCUACCUGAAGGAGCUCCUGCUGCUCCUAUAUCACGACGUCAUCCUACCUGCCCUGGCCUUCACUGCCCAGCUGCUGCAGCGCAUCUGGAACGGCCUGCGGGACUCUUGCAACGGGGAGGUCUCGGUGUCGUGUCUACAGGGCCACGCCUUGUCCUUCACCAACUCCACCUGGCUCCUCCUCCAGCACACCACCUCCGCCAUCAAGACCUGGGCCCAGGAGCUGCUGCCGCCUGCAUGAUGCACACACUCUGCCCUGCACACACGUACAUAAACACACACAACCCCUCCCCCCCUUCACAGGCAUAUGAAGACAAACUACGCCUGUCAUUGGGGCUGCGUUAUGCGCUCCUGAUCUGAGCUGGUUGAACAUGGAGGACCCCACCACGUCGGGGCGGAACAGACUUUCCCUCUUUAAUGACUUCUACUCUCUCCUUUUUUCUAAUCCUGCAUGCUAUUUAUAGUUGUUAUUUUUUACCAGCUCUUUUCUUAAUGUUUCGAUGCGGAAGUCAAUCCCCCCUCCUACCCACGGAUUUUCUACACUUACAUUUCCAGCCCGACCACACUUAACCUUGAGGCAAUACAUUUACACGGUGAAAUUAUAUUUGUUCUUAGGUUAAUUUCUACAAGAAGGAGAAAAAGUAUUUAUAGAUAUGGAGCGUGUGCUGUGUGAUCGAUCGUGUGAGAGAGAACACAUUGGAAAAUACCAUGUCUCCGUCCAUCUGAAACAUUUCUGUGUAUGGAUCUGGAGUCAAAUGGUUGAGUUUGGUCCCCUAUACUUCAUCUUGUAUUCAUCGAUGGUUUUUAUGUACGUGUGCCUGCGUUUGUGUGUGUGUGUGCGUGUGUAUGAGAUGUAAAACAACCUUCUCAACCCCCCAUUGCAUGGACUUCAAAGAUGCAGAUGAUGAAAUACUUUAUUGAGCCAGAAGGAAGUAAGCGGCUGAUUGCUGUUCACUGGACAGAUGGUACGAUAUUCUUGUGGUUGUACGUUCAUUUUCAAACCCUGUCUACCUGUCUUGAGUUGUGCUGUGACCCCUGGGCGAAGUUCAGAAAGGGUAAUAGUGUACCAUGUCUCUUUAACUGAACGACCUGUAUUAAAAUGUAGAAUUAACCCUGUAGCUACUACUGCUAACUUCAAUGAAACAUAACGAUAGUCCACACACUUCGCUCACUGGAAGCAAGGCAUGAAUGAGAUCAGAAGAGCAGCGACUGUGAAUUGUGUUGUCCAAAGUAAAGGCUGAUGUUCUCUGUUUGUGUGUGUGUGUGUGUGUGUGUGUGUGUGUGUGUGUGUGUGUGUGUGUGUGUAUAAACGUGUGUGUGCAUGUUGACAUGGGGUAAUUCGUUUGCCCCAUGAUAUCCUCAUUCGAAAGUGUUAGAUUAUAAUAACAGACUAUUCUUCUACCUUGGGCUUUGGUGACAUUACAAUAGGUGGUGUCCUGCUGGUAAAACCGAGGGAACUAAUUUCAUAACGCUCACCCCGAAGUAGAAAAUGGAAGAUUAGAAGGACACAGCAAUUUAUGUUACAUUUUAAUGUAAAUGAUUUAUAAUAAAAUAUCAAA